AUGGCCACUGAUACAGAAGGUAACAGUGGACAAUUAAAGAAAUUGUUAGCAAUACGAGGAGGAAAUAGAACCUCCAUUACGAAGCUUGAACGACAAGCCACGGCUCUUCUUGAAGAACUAAUUAAUGAAAAUGGAGAACAAGUCGAGAAGGUGAUUCGUUUAGAAACGGCACAAAAGUCUCUUCGAGAAAAGCAAACGUAUGUGAACGGACUAAACGAAAAGAUACUGGAAUUAUGUCCAGAAGUUAACAUUGAAAAAGAAAUCGAUGAAACGACGGAGCUGAAUUUCAGAAUCGAUGAAAUUCUGGGAAGAAUUCAAGCUUUUAAAGACGGUCGUUACGCUCAGACCAAUGCAUUCGGAGUUGGGAGUGGAACGACACAAAUUAUUACGUCAACGCCUUCCAGAGAAGCUGAAAACGUUGAACAAGCAACAAACAACGAACAUGGUCUCAAUACAAGCGGGGUUACCAUGGGUUCUGUUGCCAUUCGUCUGCCAAAAAUAACGCUCCCACGAUUUAACGGAGAUAUAACACGUUUCAUGUCCUUUUGGCAGAGUUUCGAGAAUGCCAUAGAUAAAAACGAAAGCAUAACUGCAGUUGAUAAGCUCAACUACUUGGUGAAUUUGUUGGAGGGUCCAGCAUACCGUGCAGUAUCAGGACUCGAACUGACGGAACAAAAUUAUUUAAAUGCAAUGGAAAUUUUGAAGGCAAGGUUUGGCAACAAACAACAAAUAAUCUCGACGCAUAUGCAGGCUCUCCUUGGACUACAAAACUGCCCAAACGAAAACGUGAAGCAAUUGCGCUUCAUUUACGACAGCAUAAAUGUACACGUAAGGGGGCUUGAAGCCCUUGGUAUGAGUUCUGCAAGUUAUGGCAGUUUAUUAGUACCAAUCCUUAUGGCAAGAAUGCCACGAGAAAUUACAUUGCAUGUCGCCAGAAAGACGACCGAGGAAGUUUGGCCGAUAAAAGAAAUAUUGGAGAUCGUCAAAAAGGAAAUUGAAGCCAGGGAACUGAGCGAUAACAUCAAGCCGGUCGAAAAGAAAUGUGACAAAACUUCAGGAUAUGGAUCAAAAUCACCACAAGGCACUACGAAGACAUUUUUGACGAAAGACGAAAAAGUGCAAGAUUGUGUUUAUUGUGGGCAUGCACACUCUCCGUCAAGCUGCAAAGAAGUCCAGGAAAUAACGGGUAGAAAGAAGAUCCUAUUGGAGACCGAACGAUGUUUUUCCUGCUUAAAAUCUGGACACAUGACAAAAAAGUGUCGGGAAAAUCGAAAUUGCAAAAAAUGUGGCAGAAAUUUUCACCACGAGUCAAUUUGCUACAAAGGAGCAAAACAAACGGAGGAAGAAACAAAAGUAACUACCAGUGUUACAGGAAAACAAGAAGUUUUGCUGCAGACGGCAACUGCGUAUGUUUAUGGGGCAGACAAGGCUCAGAGGAUGAAAAUCAAUGUUUUCUUCGAUAGUGGGAGCCAACGAAGUUACAUCUCUGAAGAAGUCAGACGAAAACUAAAUCUGGAAGUCGAAAGACAGGAAAACUUAAAUUUGAACACAUUUGGAACUGAGAAAUCAGUACGCAAGAAAUGUGACGUCGUUAAGUUAAUGUUAGAGACAGGAAUAGAUGAGACGCCAAUUUUGAUAAGCGCAAUAAGCUAUCAGUCUAUUUGUUCGCCUAUAAAUACGCGCAUAGACGUAAGCAAGUAUCAGCAUUUGAUAGGCCUUAAUCUAGCGGACAAGAAGCUAAGCGAGCAAAAUAGGCGCAUUGAUUUGCUUAUUGGUAAUGAUUAUUUAUAUGAUGUAAUCAUUGGUGAUGUCAUUAGAGGUACAUCAGGGCCAAUAGCAGUAAGUAGCAAAUUAGGAUGGCUACUUUCGGGAAAAGUACCAGGAUCCUUGGAGCCUAAAACCUAUUCUAAUGUGACUUCUAAUUUGAUUUUAGAUACGUCAGUUGGAAGGCCUGUCGAAGAAAAUGAGGAAAUAACACAAACGCUUCGCGAGUUUUGGAAACAAGAAUCAUCCGGGAUUGACAAGGGGAGUGAACCCACAAAUGAAGACAAACAAGACGAGCAAUUUGAAAUCACCUUUAAUGGUAAAAGGUACCAGGUAAGCCUUCCUUGGAAGGUUGAUAUAUCUUGCCUUAAUGAUGAUUAUAACUUGGCAUUAAAUCGCUUAAAAUCUUUGCUUUGCCGGUUAAAAGGAAACACUGAAUUAUUAUCUGAAUAUGAUAACAUUUUCAAAGAGCAAUUAAAAAACGGAAUAAUUGAGCAAGUCCCUGUGGAGGAGGAGAAUCAGGGUAAUCCUCAUUUUAUGAGUCACCAUGGUGUAAUUCGACGAGAUCGUGAAACAACAAAACUUCGUGUUGUUUUUGAUGGAAGUGCGAAAUCGCACAAGGAAGCUUUAUCUCUUAAUGAAUGUUUAGAACUUGGUGAUAAUUACAUGCCGCCAUUAUUCGAUACGUUAUUACGUUUCCGCUCACAUGCCAUUGCUAUAAUAGCUGAUAUUGAAAAGGCAUUCCUUCAGAUUGAAAUUGAUGAAAAAGACCGGGAUGCUUUACGUUUUUUGUGGUAUGACGACAUUAGUAAGCCGAAUCCAACGGUUAUUCAGUAUAAGUAUUGUAGACUGGUGUUUGGUUUAAGACCAUCGCCAUCUAUACUGGGAGCCACAAUUAAGAAACACAUUGCUCAAUAUGCUAAUCGAUUUCCUCGUGUUGUUAAAGUGUUAGAUCGGCUUUAUGCUGAUGACUUAUCAUGUAGCACAAAUUCUAUUGAUGAGGCGUUAGAGAUUUUCCAUAAGUCACGGGAGAUUUUGUCCGAAGGUGGGUUUAACCUUCGCAAAUUUAAAACUAAUGACACAGCUUUGUUACAUGAAAUCAAAAAGGUGGAAGCAGGUAACGUACCCAAUGGUGAUAAUGCGAAGGAGAUCAUACAAGAUGAUCAAUCCUUCGCUCAGCAAACAAUAGGCCCACCUCAAAGGGAAAAUAAUAACAAGGUCCUUGGAGAACUUUGCGUAGACAAAUGGGGUUGGGAUGAAGAGCUUACAGGAGAAGCAAGGGAAAAAUAUGAUCGUUUCAUUUCGGAAAUAAGUCGUUUAGACGGGAUUCGCAUGCCAAGAUGUUUUUUUGACCCAGGUAAAAUAGUAAGCCAAGUCGAAAUACAUGGGUUUUCAGAUGCCAGCGAGACUGCUUACGCUGGAAUUGUUUAUCUCCGCAUUGUGUACGAUACGGGGGAGGUAAGCAUCAAGUUUGUCACUGCCAAGGCCAGGGUUUGUCCUCUAACAAAACAAAGCAUACCACGUUUAGAGCUUUUAGGGGCACAGUUACUCGCAAAAUUAAUCAGCACAGUAAAAGGUACUCUUGGGGAGGAGCUUCACGGCACGCCGAUCAAAGUAUUUUAUUGGGUAGAUUCGGUUUGCACCCUUUGCUGGAUAAAGAACAAUAAGGUUUGGAAGCAAUUUGUACGCCAUCGCGUGUCGGAUAUUUUACGAACUUCAAGCCGCGAUGAAUGGUUUUAUUGCCCGGGAUCUCAAAACCCAGCUGAUUUACCGUCAAGGGGUAUAUUUGGUCCCAAGUUAGAGCAAAAUCUUUUUUGGUGGGAGGGUCCGGGGUUUCUAAAACAGCCACCCACAAAAUGGCCUAAGCAAGAAGAUAUUUUCGAAUCCGGUUCCGCUUUAGAGGAAAGAGUAAAAUGUAGCCCCAAUAUCACGCAUGCUAUAGCAACUAAGGAAAACGCCAAAGUUGGCAACGUUGUAGAUUUUGAAAG